AUGAGCUACAACAUGGCUUCAGAAGAACUUCCUCAUGUUCACGCUCCCCCUAGUCCUUCGACCAAGAGACCCAAAGGAAUCCUCAAGAACUCCUACCACCGAUCUCCACCUCAGCAAGCCCCUCCCACGACCUCCCCACCUCCAAUCUCCCCUGCACACUCCAACAGACCCGAUCUUGACCGCGAGCUCUCCGACAAAGACAUCACCCUUCAAAACACCCUCCAGAAUGCCGGCAAUCGACGUUCCUCCUCCGCUGCGCGUCGUCCCAACUCCCGCCGCCAGUCUUCGCAUGGACAGAGUGCCGAGGAUACCAAUAUGCGACUCAAGUGGGACGAGGCGAAUCUCUAUUUGACGGAGCAGGAGAAGAGCUCCACCAUGAAGAUAGAUGAGCCGAAGACACCAUACGCAAAGCACUACGAUCCCACCGAGGACGAAGACGAGCUCAGAACUCUAGAUGCCGACGAGAUCAUGGUUGAUGAGCUGGACAAGGCCCGUGCUGGUCUAAGCCCAGGAAACCGUAGUCGUGCGAAGGAAGAAGAGAUUCCGGGCUUGAGCCUGGGAGAGCCUGAGGAGGCGGUUCCGGAAAGCGAGUUUGAUGAGCAUGGAUCGAAGAAGGAGAGGGCAGUUCAUGUUUCAGGCGAGGAACAUGUUGGCUUGAGCAAGGAGGAGAGGGAGAAGCACAAGCGGUUUGAGGAGAUGAGGAAGAAGCACUAUGAGAUGAAGAAUGUGGCGAGUCUUCUAGGCCAUCCGGAGGAGCUGGAUGAG